GGACACUUCAGAGUCAUAAUAGUUCAUAUCUCAGGUCGAUGGGGAUAUGGUCGGACCUAACCCCAAGCCCUAAUUACCUUUUCCAGACCGGACAAACUUGCCCUUUCGGUCCCUUGUAUCCAGGAAAAAGUCGCGACUCUCCAGGACGACCUUAGAUGGCCGAUGACGCCAAUUGAAUUGCCUGCUGAAACCCAACCGCACCAUCGUCUUCUUUUUAGUUCCCUUUCUGGUCCCCAAGUCGUGUAUGAGGGCCUCUGUAUCUCUUCUGCGCUCUGCACGACGAGCAAUUGGUGACCGGCCCGCCGUUGUUCCCCUCCGGAGCCUGAACGCCAGGACAGCGGGCUUCCGCCCAAUAACCCCCACCAUCCCCCACCAUCGCCGUUUCUCCUACAGUCACGACUCUCCUCUACCGGAUUCCACGAUGCCGAAGGAAAAGGUCUCCUUCACUCUGAAGACCCCCAAGGGGACCAGGGACUGGUCCGGCUCGGACGCCCUGCUCCGUGAUCGCAUCUUCAGCACCAUCUCGGAGGUCUUCAAACGUCACGGUGGCACGGCGCUGGAUACGCCCGUCUUCGAGUUGCGGGAGAUCCUGGCGGGCAAGUACGGAGAGGACUCGAAGCUCAUUUACGAUCUGCAGGAUCAGGGUGGAGAGUUGUGCUCCCUCCGAUAUGAUCUCACCGUUCCGUUUGCGCGAUGGCUGGCGAUGAACCCUGUUAGCCAGAUCAAGAGAUAUGCCAUAGCCAAGGUCUACCGACGAGAUCAGCCUGCUGUGGCCAAGGGGCGGAUGAGGGAAUUCUACCAGUGUGACUUCGAUGUCGCCGGUAGCAACUUCGACCCCAUGGUGCCGGAUGCGGAGAUUCUGAAUAUCGUGACGGAAGUGUUUGAGGAACUCGGCUGGAACAGGGAGCAAUUCACAAUCAAGAUCAACCACCGCAAGAUUCUCGACGGUCUGUUCGAGGUGUGCGGCGUGCCACCAGAGAAGAUCCGUCCGAUCUCGAGUGCUGUCGACAAGCUGGACAAGAUGCCUUGGGCGGACGUGCGGAAGGAGAUGGUCGAGGAGAAGGGCCUGGACCCUGCGGCGGCAGACAAGAUCGAGACAUAUGUCAGCAGAAAGGGAAGACGGGAACUGCUAGAUGCGCUCCUGAAGGAUGAAGCCCUCAUGGCAAAUGCCUCCGCGAAGCAAGGCUUGGAGGAAAUGGGACUGCUUAUGGACUAUCUGGACGCCUUUGGAGUUCUAGACACUCUCUCCUUUGACUUGAGUCUCGCUAGAGGUCUCGAUUACUACACCGGUGUUAUCUACGAAGUCGUCACGGAAGGUUCCGCGCCUGCUACCGCAACUAAAGCUGCUGAGACGCAGACCCUGCAAAAGUCAGGAAAGAAAGACAAGUCCAAGAACCCCAACCUGGAGGACGACGACCGAUCAAAUGAUCCGUCUGUUGGCGUCGGAAGUAUUGCCGCAGGCGGUCGUUACGACAACCUCGUGGGCAUGUUCUCGAACAAGGCGCAGAUCCCCUGCGUUGGUAUCUCAUUCGGUGUCGACCGGAUCUUCUCCAUCACCAAGGCUCGCAUGGAGCGCGAGAGGAACUACAGCGCAGUCCGCAGCACAGAGGUCGACGUCUUCGUCAUGGCCUUCGGUGGAAAGGGCUUCACUGGCAUGCUGAAGGAGCGUAUGGAAGUCGCAAAGAGCCUGUGGAAGGCUGGCGUUAAGGCCGAAUUCAGCUACAAGGUCAAGCCAAAGCUCCCCCAACAAUUCAAGGCAGCAGAAUCGAACGGUGUUCCCUUCGCCGUCAUCCUGGGCGAAGAGGAGCUCAAGGCAGGCAAGGUCCGUAUCAAGGAGAUGGGUCUGGAAGAAGGCCAUCCCGAGAAGGAAGGUGUUCUCGUCGACCUCAAGACUCUCCCCGAGGAGGUGAAGGCCCGGUUAGCAAAGAAGAACAACCCAACAACAGGUGCCAGUGGAACCGCCGUGACGGAAUUGGCGCAAAAGGUCGAGGGCCUAAACGUUGAAGCUGCGCCGAAGACGGAGGAUGCGGGAGUAUGAUGAGUCCAAAAAAAGAGAGCAUGACCUCCUACAUAUCUUGUUUCGGAAAGGUUACUUUAUACAUACAUAAAGAGGGAAACAAUAAAAAUAGGAAUAUAAAAUACCCAUUCUAGACCGUUA